AUGGAUUACGGGCCAAGCAACGACGGUUGGGAAGGAGCAGCUGGAUUGAUGCAUGCGAUGAAGCUUUCGCGGAUUUAUGGUCUCCACGCUACACUUGAGCAGAUUCUCAGUUACAUGUACACUGGGGUUGUGCACAUUCAGAAGGCAACCGUGAAGGAGGUGAAGCUGUUGGUGGCAGCAGACAAGUAUGAAGUCCUUGAGUUGAAAGAGCGCCUGGAAUCACGUUUGGGUGUGCUUAUGAGUGAGGAUCCGUUUGACAGCUUAAAGUCUCGACAUCCUACACGCCACCAAUGCCAUCAAGUUCAAGCCUUCUCCUGCUGGAGAUGUUUAGGUGGAGUGAUGUGGUUUGAGGAGUUCACUGCCUCGGCAGCAGAAAUGCCUUCAUACUUAUCGGUCCUGGAUCUUCUAAAGUACCGCCACCUGCAUUGGAGCCUUACCCCUCCCAAGACCAUGAUUGGCAAGCCUGCUAGCACUGUCAUUCUGCACUGCUUGCUCGAGAAACCCAUGCGGAAGGACUUGUGA